CGCCGUGGCCGCGACGAGGACGCAGUUUCUGUCGCACAUGGUGCGAUAUGACGUCACGUCGAAUUCCGCACGUCCCCGACGCAGUAGGUUCGGAGGAAUUCUUGCAUCGUGUAGAAGUGCGCGCUAUGUGCGCUCGGGGAUCGUGGUAACCAACAGGCUACCUGUUGCGCCGGCAGCAGAAUAUGAGUGUCGUGCUCCAUGCUCGUGCAGUGACUUGAUGGCACUAAGCAAUCCGGGAUGUUCGGAAGCCCGGAAGAAGUGGUUGCCGAGGGGACGUCGUCUUCCACGACUACAAUGACUUGUCCAAAUCCUGGCAGCUAGGGACAAAUUUUGCUGUAGGAGGACGCCCAGAAAACCAAGUUGUGGCUGACCCAAUUGCGGCAGUGGCAGAUGGUGUCGUCUCCAUGUAUGUUGUGACAUUCGACGAAAGCGUCUACUUGUCGGACGACGAAGUCAGGAGCGAACUGCGGAAACAAGGUUACGGCGAGGUAUCCUACUCUGUUCUCCAGCAGUUCAAGUGUGAUUUCCAAAGACGUAUUCGUGAAGAGAUUCGCAAAGGAGUCAACACGUCGACGCCUCUUGUAAACGGUGCACAGUAUGCUAGCGAACAAGCGAAAGGCUCCACUUCCAGCGCGAAACAAGCCCGUUUCGAUUCAUCGUCCCUGUUCGAGAACGUCACAUAUUCUUCAUGCUAUUCUUCACCCUACUACGAAAGCCAGCGAAGCGACAGCAGUUGUAAACAAGGGGACUUUGUUACUACAGCCAAACCACCAAGGAAAGUUGUUCCUGCACCGCGGAAUCACGUGAAGCCCGAAGCGAGUUCUUCCUGCUAUUCUACGCCUGCUGGUUCCUCCUGUGAACAAACGACAGCCUCAAGCAAGGGCAGCGAUCGCUCCGGCGAUGGGCUUGUCCCGCGCUUACUGCAUCGAAAAGUAUUGAGAUGCUGUAAUGGCCACGCCUACAUCUCCGAACGGUCAACAUUGAGCACAGACUCUCAAGCACUUACAGGCAGUGUACUGGAGAGUUUCAAGGAAAACUACUCCAACUUGGACGACACUCUGCCAAAAAGACUGAAGCCAGCCACAUUGCCUCCAUUGAAGGGAGAACCCAUUCAUAAAGAUCUCAUCAAGCCACCAAAGGGGACCAUGCUUUCACUGCUCAAGGUUUCAGGCACAAAAGUCAUGUGGAACAAAGGCCCACAUAAGUGUGACCCUGUGACACGCUACCAUGAGUACAAGGCCUUCUGGGAGCGGCACAAGGCACCAGGUGAAAAGGCCCACAAGCAGCUCCGGUGGAAUGUGCGUGCGCAGAUGCUACAACGAGACGACGUCGUGGCGUGUUCCUGGAGGCCGGCUAUCGCAAAAGAACCACCUGCCACACGGCUAAAGUGAAGCACAUUUUUCAUUUAUCAGUGCACAUAAGAUGUUAUCAUCUUCCGCAUCAUCCUUGCAGCGUAACAUGUACAUAUCGCAGUUCCAGUGCAGUUGGAAUGUAUGCAUCAUCAGCAUGUUAACAUUUCGUCCAAGAGUUUGUAACACAAGGUGCAAUUGGUACUUGUAUUCAAAACAAGGAAAUUGGUGAAGCAAGAUUGGCAUACCUUUUCCUAAAGUCACUAAAUUUGUAUCGUAUUUGGUACACAUGUAAACGAAAGCAGCUUAUUCAAGCUGUUGUUUAUUAAAGCCGCCACUGGCAUCAUUAAGCUUUGAUAUGGCUUCAAGCACGUCUUUGACAAAUUCUACAUGAUGUCUUAUUGAUGCAGUACGUACUGCAGUCAUUUCAAAUUUGACACUACUGAUAGAAUGCAGAUCAGUAUUAGUCAGUGUCCGCCACAUUGUUGAGUUCUCUUACUGAAAGGUUUGUGGAAUGUCACAAGUGCAAAAUAAACAUAUAUAGAGCCAUAUAAAGAAGAGUAUUGAUUCUA